AGACCAACAAACCCAUAUUAGGUUCAAUAGGUGCGACACGAUUCCACUAAGAAACUUAUUCCAGUUUCUAAAACAAUACGGAUAUACAACAGCAGCGAGAAUACGGGGGUGAAUUGCAUACUUUUUGCGUUAAUUCGGGCUAUGCAUGAAGAUGGAAAGGAGAAAGAAAAUCGUCUAUCAGCUAGACACGCCCUAUUCAGCUGUAUCAUGGCCUAGCGUGACUAUCAAUGACCAAGAAACCAUCUUAGAACUUCUAUGCAACUUGCUUACACCUCUGGGUCAGUACCGGUCAGAGUAUGUUGAGUUGUCGAAAGGCAAACGCGAAAAGAAACGGAAACGCAAAGUUUCAACCACACAUUCUGAAAACGUUCCGUCUCCUCCUUCUCCGGAGUUAAAGUCGUAUGUAGACGUCGGACUUACAACUGUCACGCGUCAUCUACAGGAGUUAGCAUCUAAAGCACAAGCCGUGGAGGCCAAUUCGGACGACAAACUCCCUACUCAGGAUGUUUCUCGCCGCUCCUAUUCAGCCAUCUUCGUAGCCCGAUCUGGACAACCAAACGUUCUUAAUGGACAUCUCCCACAAAUGGCGGCGAUUGCUUCAAAUUCACAUCCUGAACAGAUGCCUAUUAGGCUAGUAGGAUUGUCAAAGUCAUGUGAGGAUCGUCUAUCUGAGUCGCUGGGUAUACCCCGUGUUUCCUGCAUUGGAAUCCGCGAAGGUGCCCCUGAUUCUAAGGCGUUGAUUGAAUUCACAGCCAAGCAUGUUCCUACCAUUAAUAUACAGUGGAUGGAAGAGGCGAAGAAAGCGGAAUACAAGGCAACCAAUAUUAACACGAUUGAGACGUUCGUUGGUACUAAGAAGCAGCAUAACCGUGGAUUGCCUGGGUAAUGAUAUUAGUUGAUAUAUAUAUUAUUCGGAUAUAUAUAUCGAAACAAGAAUCCUAUCUUUUACGAGACGUUGGUCAUGUUCAACAGCUAAAUGUACCCGUCUAGAGAACGUCUUACUUUGGAUAUAGAGUCCCUUGCCUGGGUGAGAUAUGGAAAUCAAAGUGACUAUUCCCCGUAUGCCAUACCAUAUUUACAAGACCCUAAUAAUAUAGAUAUCCAUUUUUAUCAGGUCAUACCUUUAUGCCAACCUAGGUAGCCUUUAUCUAGUUGAUUUCGUUUGCACUUGCGUGGGUGCCUGCAUCUGCAAACACCAGUCUGAACCAGA